AUGUUGAUGGUAUAAUUGCUAAAUUGCAGAUUUGCAGAAAUGAUAUAAUUGCUUGGCCUAUGGAGUAUGGAGUAUGGAUACUGAUUAACUGAUGGUGACAUGGUGUAUUGAUGUUGAUGAGUUGAUGUUGAUUACUUGAUUUUAAUAAAGUUUGUAACUUUGUAUGAUUCAUGAUUCAUGAGGAGAAGGCCUCAGACCUCAGAAGCAGAGGGCCACAAUUCGUUUGAGAAAGCUUGAAAAAAAAUAAAGGUUCUUGCAUUGCUGAAAGUCAAGACACUGGGUCUUCGGCAACCUCAUCAAGAUUUGCAGUUGGCCAGUUGUCUACUUAUCUGGCCUCAGGCCUGCAAUUUCAAUAUCAUCAACAGGCACAUAAGGUUAGAGAGCUUCAUCUUUUUUGCAUUUUCACCCAUUAUGAAGUUGCAUCGACAAAGAAUUUUUUUUUUUUUUAAAAGGUGGACUGCAUUGUGUUCGACAAGACAGGGACUCUUACAAUUGGGAAGCCACUGGUUGUUAACACACGACUCAUGAAAAAUAUAGUGCUUCGAGAAUUCUAUGAACUUGUUGCUGCAGCUGAGGUUAACAGUGAACACCCCUUGGCCAAGGCCAUUGUUGAGUAUGCCAAAAAAUUCAGAGAAGAUGAAGAGAAUCCAGCCGGGCCAGAAGCGCAUGACUUUGCCUCCAUUACUGGUCACGGGGUGAAGGCUAUUGUUCAGGGCAGGGAAAUAAUUGUGGGGAACAAGAGCUUGAUGGUGGACCAGAACAUUGCAGUUCCACUCGAUGCAGAAGACUACCUAGCAGAAGCUGAAGGGCUGGCUCAAACUGGGAUUCUAGUAGCCAUAGAUGGAGAAGUGGCUGGAGUUCUAGCAAUAUCUGAUCCACUGAAACCAGGUGCUCAAGAAGUAAUUACCAUACUCAAGUCAAUGAAUGUUAGAAGCAUAAUGGUGACAGGUGACAAUUGGGGAAUUGCAAAUUCUAUUGCCAAUGAAGUUGGUAUUGAUACUGUUAUAGCCGAAGCGAAACCUGAUCACCAGAAAGCAGAGAAAGUGAAGGAAUUGCAGGCUACACUGUGGCGAUGGUGGGAGAUGGCAUCAAUGACUCACCAGCACUUGUGGCGGCAGAUGUAGGAAUGGCAAUUGGUGCUGGCACUAACAUUGCAAUUGAGGCAGCAGACAUUGUGCUAAUGAAGAGUAGGUUUCCUCUUUAUUUUCUGUAAGAAAGACAAGUUUAUAGAGGGAACUUGUCUCAGAUAAUUGGAGUAAAUUGAUCAAUAUAUGGUUGAGAUUUUUUGUUUCCAGUAUUAAUUUCUGAUGGAAAUGACAUUUAGUUAGUUGUGGGUACAAUAUUGAUUGGGUUGUGAAUUAUGUUACUGUUUGGAUUCUGAUUAAUGGAAUUGUAUAUUAAAAAAAAAUUAUUCUGUAAUAAUUUAGCACCAAUUU